AUGUUAUUUAAAAAUGUAAUUGAACAUGUUGUUACAAUAACUUUACAAUUUAUUACAAAAGUUAAAGAUAAUGCUAAAAAUGUAUUAAAUGGUUUAACUUUAGGUUCAAGAAAGAGACAACAACAAUAUGAAGAUGAUGAAGAUGAUGAAGAAGAUGUUAGACAAAUUAAAUUUACUAAAAAAGAAGUAUCUAGAGCAUUUAAUUUAUUAACAAUUUCAUUACCAAAUAUAGGUAGUGAAUUAUUUAAAUUAACAUAUCAAGAAAUUACACAAAUAGCAAUAUUCUUUACAGAAAAGAGUUUAUUAACAGUUGGUGUUGAUUCAAUUUGUUUAUUAUCAAGUUUAAUUAAAUCAAUGAAAAAAUAUGAUAUUGAAUUACUUGAAAAGGAAAUGACUAUAUAUGUUAAUAAGAUAUUCCCAAUUAUUAAAGGAAAUUUUAAACAAGAUGAAAUUACAAUGAUGGAAAAUAGUACACAAGAAGAUGAUGGUGAUUUUGAAACUGAAAUUGCAUUAACAUGUAUUGAUUUUUAUCAUGCUAUAUUUGUUGAUUUGGAAUUGAGAGAAUUAUUAUUGAAAAAAUUACCAAAUUUUGUUCAUAAUUUAUUUAUUAAUUUAUGUAAUUUUGUUAAUAAGGAAUGUUCAUAUGAAUUGGAAAGUUUAGAACGUGUUGAACAAUCAAAAUUAGCUUUUAGAAUUUUAGAAUCAAUGAUUGAAUUUGAUUUUAAUAAUAAUAUUAAUAGUAAUAUUAAUAGUAAUAGUAAUAAUACAUCUAAUAGUAAUAAUACAUCUAAUAAUAAUCUAGUUAAAGCAAGUGAUAUUAAAUCAUUUGUAAUUACACAUUUAGAUGGUAUUAUACGUUCAUUUAAAACUGAUAGAGAUUAUCACAAAAUUGCAAAAUAUUUGAGAGCUUUAAAUUUAUUCUUUAAAUUAGAUAGCAAGUGUGCACAAUUAUUAGUUGAUCAUUUUAAUAAUUCGAAUGGAUCUAGUAGUAACAGUUCUGGUAAUAAUUCUAAUAAGAAACAAAAUAAGAAAAAGUCUUCUAAUAGUGGUAAUAGUGGUAAUAGUGGUGGAUCAUCACAACAACAACAAUUAGGUAAACAAUUUAGAGAUUGUUGUCAAUAUAUUGAUAAUUUAAAGAAACCAUCCAAGACAUUUAAUGAUGAAACACCUCUAUUUAUUAGAAAUGAAUUAUCAAAUCAAUCACAAGAAUUAGUUUUAAAACUUAAACAUUGGGGUUUAUUACAAUAA